UUACAGCUGUUCAAAAACAAAAACGCUUUUUGGUUUUUGCAUCCCUGUUUUCUGUUUGGCUGGAAAAUCUGACUUUUAACUUGAAGGGGGUUUUAUUUUGAAGGCCUCCCGGAAGUCUCUCCUUCAUAACUUCCGUUAACGGGCAGCUUUCUGAACCUACCUCAGAGAAGCACGCAUUAGCGCCGUAUAGCAGUAGAUCUCGGCGUGAAAUGAUGGAUAACCCUCAGCAGCUGAGUUACAUGGGCGCUCCGCCGCCUCCCGCGGGUUUAGACGGAGCGGUUUACGCGGGAGGAGGCCCGCCGCCGACGGCUCCUCCGCCUCCUCCCGCGGCGGGACACGCUUGGGGCGUGUAUCAACAUCCACCGGCGGCGCUGCAGCAUCACUGGCCCCCGUUUCCACCCUUCGACCCGAGCAGACCACCUCCAGGGAGCUUUGACCCUCCUCAGCGCGGAGAGAAAGCGCCUCCGUCCUGGCCCCAGAGCCAGUGGAGGCCUCCCGAGCAUCACUUCAGAGGACAUUAUGCACCAAAUCAACAACAGUUUCCAAACACAGCUCCUCCGUCGUAUCAGUCCGGUUCCGGGCCGGAUAACCAAGCGCACGUUUAUGCGCCCAAUCGGCAAAAUUACCCAUUUAAUAUCCAAUCUGUGAACAGACCCUGGCUAGAUGAGCGGAGUAAAACCACCUCGGUAACCGCUUCCGAUGAAGACUCCGCGCAGAGACUGAGAGAUGAGCAGUGGGCUCAGAGUUUCUUGCUUAAAAGAAGCAACAAACCCAGCGAACCGAAGCAAACCGAGUCCAAACCCUCCGUUUCUCAGUUCAGAGAGAAGCUGUACGGCACCGUUAAGAUGCUGUCCGAGUUAAACGCUGUGUGUCGGAUGCUGAAGGAUAACUUGGAGAACGAGGACGUUUGGACCGAGAGCCUGUCGAGAGCGAACGAACUGAAGAGCGGCGUCCGGGAGAGCCUGGCGGAUCUGAGGGACCCGGGCGGUCUCGACGCGGUCAGGAGGAAACUGCUGCUGGUCGACAAGAAGAGGGCGAGGAUGAGGAGGAGAAAGAUGGAGCGGAGGGAGGAAGAGCAGGAGCGGGAGGCGAGACGCGCUGCUCGGGAGGCGGAGGUUGAUAAAUGGCAGAUGAAACGCAUUCAAGAAGUAGAGGAGAAGAACAGAGAGAAAGAGCUGAAGCUGGCCGCUGAUGCAGUUCUCUCAGAGGUCAGAAAGAAACAAGCCGAUGCCAAGAGAAUGCUGGACAUCAUGAAAUCUCUGGAAAAGCUCAGAAAACUCCGGAAAGAGGCUGCGGCCAGGAAGGGCAUGUUCCCAGGAAAGGAGAGUGACGAGAGAUUCGAGGGUCACUUGGAGCGUCUGAGGGGUCUGAUCUGUAAGCGCACGGCUGUGUACGCCACAGAGGAGAAGGCUCUGAGAGUCAUGCUGGAGGGAGAACAGGAGGAGGAGCGCAAACGAGACCGAGAAAAACGACUGAAAAAAGAAAAAGAGGUGUUUUUGCAGAAGAAGCGAGAGGUGGAUGCUAUGCUGUUUGGAGCCGAAUUGCCUUUUGAUCACCCUCUUCAGCCCUUCCUGGACUACUACACACAGGCUGAGCGCACUCUUCCUGCGCUCAUUCAAAUAAGGAGAGAGUGGGAUCAGUUCCUGGUUUCUGCCGAACACCGCGACGGUUCCUCGGUUCCUCCGGGCUGGGUUCUGCCCGACCCACCAGCCGACGACGUCUGGGCCACGGCGCUGGAGAAAUAAAGAUUCACCUGAGGAAACACGUUUGGCUGCGGCGCUGUGCGAACAGAUUCAAGUGUCAGUUUUUUGCGUGAAUCUCACGGAAACAUUUCACCCCAAAACCAAAGAAACUGUACUUUUAUAAAAGUUUUUAUAGAAGUAUUAAAAAAUUUUUUUAUUAUUGUGACA